CGCUUGUUUGAGCCAGCGAACAAAAGAUGGAUGUACUUCAAAUACCUCUUUGUUGAAUAUAUAGUACACUAUGUAUUGUGUAGAAGCCUUUGUUUCAUCCCCUAUGUAGUGCGUUUAUAUAGAGAGUAGUUAGCUAUGUGGAAUUUGGCCGAGAUUUGCCGCUAAGAAGUUGUCACGGUGUCGUAAAGUUGUCGCACAUAUCACCGCUGUAUCCCGGCGCUAAGCUAUGUAAACACACGAUACUUAAAAAUGGGUUGAAGAGUUAAUAUGUGCAAAAUGCAGAUAUUUUAAUAUAUUAAUAUUCCGGUUUUAGGCAUGUUUCUGGUGUAGAACUGACAAUGGCAUCCUUCAGCCGAGACGAGAUGAAUCAUUUGCUGAUGGAGGUGAGCCCUGACAUCCACAUCUGUGGCUUCUGCAAGCAGCAGUACAACAAUUUUGAAGUGUUUCUUGCACACAAGCAGAAUGGCUGUCAGCUUCCCAACACAAACAUCUCAGUCCCAAGUACUGGAGCUGCUGAAACUGUGCAAGAGUUUCCUUUGGAGGAAGCAUUACAGACCUGUGUGUCAAAGGCCGUGAAGAAGACGGUAAAAACCCAGAAACCAGCCUCCAAAAAGCUGAAACCUGCACUCACUCAAAAGCGACGCAUUUGCAGCUUCUCAGGUUGUACAUUCAAAACACAGUAUGGCCAAAAGGACAUGGAAAGGCACAUGUUAACUCAUACUGGCGACAGACCAUUUGAAUGUGAACUGUGCCACAAGCGCUUCAGCCGGCGGGACAAGCUGAACCUGCACAGCCGCUCACACACCGGGGAAAAGCCACACAAGUGCAAGCACUGCACAUACGCCGCCGCAGACAGCAGCAGCCUGAAAAAGCACCUGCGUGUGCACUACGACGAGAGGCCCUUCAAGUGCCAGAUCUGCCCAUACGCCAGCCGCAACUCCAGCCAACUCACCGUGCACCUGCGCUCACACACAGGUGAUGCCCCAUUCCAGUGUGGUGAGUGCGGCGCCAAAUUCAAAAUCAACUCAGACUUGAAGCGUCACACACGUGUGCACUCGGGCGAGAAGCCAUAUGCGUGCGAGCUGUGCGAUUACCGCUGUGCCAUGAAGGCCAACCUGAAGUCGCAUGCCCGGCUGCGCCACGGUGCCUACGCCUGCACAGAGUGUGACUUCCGGUGUACAGCCAAGGCGGCACUGCGUGCACACUCCCGCCAGCACGCACCCGCCCGCCCACUACGCUGCACCUGCUGCCCAUACUCCUGCACCAGCAAGGGGGCGCUCAAGAGACAUGAGCGCGUGCACUCGGAUGAGCGCCCGUUCACCUGCCACCGCUGCCCCUUCGCCAGCAAGCAGCGUGCCAACCUGCUCGUCCACAUGAAGAAGUGCCAUGGUGAGAAAGUUGUAGAGGGGCGCAGCAAAGGUGCCAAACGACGAAAAACAGGAGAUGAGUCACCCAAUCCUGUAGGUUCACGGUACCGGGUGAGGCUCGAAGCAGCCCGGGCGUUCCGCUGCAACCUGUGCGACGCAUCAUUUGUUAGAGAAGAUUCGUUACGGAGUCAUAAGAGGCAACAUAACAAUACAGAAAAACAGCUCAGACUUGCACAGUCACAGACACAAAAUAGUACUGCAAAACAAACAGAUAAAGGGCCCGAGCAGGUUUCGAUGACGCUCACAAAUGGGUCAGUUCCUUCCUAUGGAAACACACAGCUCAAGAUCUUUGUAGCGCCUCCUCUAGGUCAAGAGGGAACGUUCAUCCAGGCAGCAGUGGACGUCCCAUCUUCUAAACCUGGAACAGUUCUGCUUAGUUCAAAAGGGCAGAAUGUAAUUCUCAACCCUAUAAUACAGCAGGUUAGUCUGUUAACCCCAGUGCAACACAUGACCCCACCAGAGGGCAGCCUCGAGCACCAGACUGUCUUACUAACUCACAUCAGUGGCAGUGAAGAAAACCCUCUACUGCAGACAAAUGUUUCUUCUCAGGCCCCAGUAGAGACUCAGACCUUCAUCAGUUCCACUUCAUCUUCAGAAAGCAGCCACGCGUUCAUCACGGCAUGCUCGGACCUUGACAGCCUGCACGCCCUCAUCCAGCAGGGCGGCGCUGAGGUCACUGUGGUCACCGAGGGCCACGCCUCCAUCACUACAGCAGCAACAGCAAGCUCUACCUUCGAACCUCCACUGGACGUCGAAAGGCCACCAUCUGAGGAUGACCUGAAGCAGUCAGGGGAGGGGAAUCCAGCUCUGGACGAUGGUUUGGUUGUGCCUGAUAUAAACAUUGAGCCGUCUAGUUCCCUUCUUGUACACAAUGUUACCUUGUCAAUCUCAGAGCAGGAUCAACAGGCUCCCAUCUACCAGCUCUCACCCCAUCAGAUCUUCUCCGACUCUAAUCCGCCUGACAGGAUUGAGGACUGAGAAAGCACAUUUCUGUUUCAUAAAGUCUUUGAUUUGUUUGAUAUGUUUAUGUUUAACAGAGAUAUUUUUAUACUCAUUCAUGGCAUGCUGCUUAUCUAGAGCUCUUGGAAGUAACAUAUAAUGAUAGACUGUGGAAUGUAGAAAUUUUGGAAAUUUUUAUUUCUAAAGAGUAAAAAUCCUUAUUUUUGUAGUUUACUCAUCUGAACUGCCUAAAAUGGCUCCAACUGAUAUUCCUGACCAUCAGGCAGGUGCCAGACCAUAUACUAUAUAUAUACUCACUGGUCACUUUAAUAGGUACACCUGUAGACCUGCUCAUUCAUGCAAUUAUUCAAUCAGCCAAUCAUGUGACAACAGCAUAAUGGAUAAAGUCAUGCAGAUACAGGUCAAAAGCUAUAGGUAGUAUUGAAACAUCAGAAUUGGGGAAAAUUGAACAGCUAAAGAUAACCUGGUCUUUUUCCAAUCUUUACCUGACCAGUUUUCCUGAGUCUGCACCUACUAUAGCCUCAGAUUCUUGUUCUUGGCUGACAGGAGUGGAACCUGAUAUGGUGUUUUGCUGUUGUAGCCAGUCCACCUCGAGGUUUGACGUGUUGUGCAUUCUGAGACGCUUUUCUGUUCACCACAGUUGUAAAGAGUGGUUAUAUGAGUUACUGUAGGCUUCUCUCAGCUCAAACCGUUCUGGACAUUCUCCUGUGAUCCUCUCUCAUCUGUAGGGUGUUUCCACCUGCAGAAUUGCUCCUCACUGGAUGUUUGUUGUUUUUCUGUCAUUCUGUCAUUCUGUCUAAAGUCUAGAUACUGUAGUGUGUGAAAAUCCCAGGAGAUCAGCAGGUUCUAAAAUAUUCAAACCACCCCUUCUGGCACUAUGCCAGGGUCAAAGUCACCAAGAUCACUUUUUUCUCCAUUAUGACAUUUAAUGUGAACAUUAAUGAGCAGGUAUACAGAUAUUCCUAUUACAAUGGCUAGUGGGGAUAUAUUAGAGCUACACAAUUAUACUUGUAUUACAUCUGUAAUAAAUGCUUCCUGCUUAAGUUUAGCAGUAUAUCUGCUAAAUAUUUAUUUAAGAAAAGAAUUCUUAAAGAUGUUUCAUUUUUAACAUUAACAUAGACACAUAGGAUAUACAAAAACAGUGGGGAUUUGGUGAUUUAAUGCAGCAGAGUCAAUAAAAAAGCAAUAUCUAUUGUUAUCUAAUGAUAGAUGAUAGAUUUAGAUUAGCAGUAUCACAGCUGAUUAUGUUCAGUAAUCUAAGCCAUAAACAACGAUUGCAUUUUGUUGUGUAGCCAAACAACCAGUUAAAAAGAAGUGCUGGAUAACGUGAUUAACUACAUAGAAAACAAGAUAUAUCGAUUUGUAAAGACACUGAGAACGAGGUUGAGGAUGGCUUGGGAUAUGAUAUUCCUGCCCGUAUGUCUUACGCAGAGAGGAAGCAGUUGGUGAAGCAGUCUCUGUGGGAGAUGACACUUUCAGGUCUUUCAGUCCUGAGGCUGUUCUUGGAGUCCCUCCAGGUGAACAUAUGGUGACCAGGGUGCUCCAGAUCACUGAUGAUGGUGUGUGCAUUCCUGUGGCAGAGGUGGGUUUCUAGGGAGUCAGUGGAAUGGGGUUUUGGCAUGCCUUUUCUUUUCUUUCUUGUAUGUAUUGGGUGAGGACACUCGAUCAGUCGUCAGAAGUUAAGCAGAGUCCAGUCUUCUGAGGUGACAUCGAAAAUUAAGGUGCUGUAGUGCUUGUUUAAUGUUGGCUGAAGUGUUUAUAGACCAGUUCAGGCUGUUAGACGUGUUGGAUCAGGAACAUGUAUGAGAUGACCAGCUCCUCUUCCAUACCCUUGAUGUACACAGGCUGGUUUGGAGUGGCUUUCCUUCUGUAGUCCUGGAUUAGCUGCUUCAAUUGUUCUCAAUCUAGGUAUAAUUUUUGAUGACACACUUUCAUUUGAACCCCAUGUUACAUUCUCAGGCUCUAAGCUGUACCUAGCCUCUUUGUAUAUUUUUAUCUUGUAAUUUAUUAUGGUAUUAUUUCCAUUAGAUGUUUUUAUCUAAUCACCUUAAUAUAUGAUAACUUCUUAUUUUAUUUCCUAAUCAUUACUCAGUGAUGGCUAGAAUCAUGCAGCUCAAAUAUUAAUUCCAUAAAUCCUGCCAACAUUUGGUUCUGGUUAACUCCUUUUGUCCUGAAGAUGGCACUAAAGAGAUUUUGAAACACUACUAAAAGCUGUCACAACUGUUUACAGUUGUUUAAACUGAAACGAAAGUACAUGAGUGAUGAUACUUUGUGAUGAAAGUAUCUAGUAUUUUAGUACAUCAGUUUUUCAUAAUGCUGAAGCAGUGAGAUUUUAAACAUACGAACACUAUUCCUGUACUGAAGUGAUAAGGCUACUUAACAAUGAAAUGACAGAUAGCAGCCAACAAACAAUAAUUCAUAUGAGAUUAAUAUUCUGAUAGAGAUUUAUCAUUAAGUUGGUCCAUAUGGGACAGUACUUUAACAGAGCUGUUAACACAUAACACAGCUGUUGAUCUGGUGCCUUGAUAAAAGUUCAUCUCCAGAUCUGAAUAGUUGCUCUGUGUGUCUGCGCUCAGGAACAUGUGUGUAUCUAAUUUCCUGUAUGUCAUGUAGUGACAGUUAUGAGAUAAGAUCUCUGAGGCAGUUGCAGAGAUGCAAACACAUGAAAUAUGACUGCGAUAUGUCUGUGCAUCCUCCUGACUACCAGACUUCGUAUCAGACCUAUUUCCUAUGCCACGAGCGCACACUCAAGCAGAGCAAAUCCUCCUUGAUAAUGUUUGUGGCCUCUUCCUGUCUUCCUCUCAGUGGCUGCGUGACAGUCAAGUCCCAGAAAACAUUGUGCUUUGAUGAGACAAAGUUCAGAUCUUUGCUGUAAACAAUUUUUUUUCCCUCUAGUUUGGUAGGUUGAUGUUAGGACAAUAAGACAUCUCAUCCGUAUAAACAUCCUCAUACUGUCUGGUGACAAAUUAAAGGAAAAUAUGUCUUAAUAAGGUGUUGGGCCACUAUGUGUUGUCAGAAUAGCUUCAGUACUACGAUACUGUAAGAUAGUCAUGAUUUUUUUUUUUUCUUUUCAGCAUUCAAAUCAAGAUUUUCCUAACAAAAUAUUUUAGGAUCCUUUAUCAGUUUAUUACAUUAGGUAAAAAUUAAUGAUGUAGCAGCAACACAAUGCAUAAAAUUAUGUAUACAAGUCAGUUAAUGUUCACAUCAAACAUCAGAAUGGGGGGGUGGAUGUGAUCUCUUUGACCAUGUCAUGGUUGUUGGUGCCAAACAGGCUGGUCUGAGUAUUGUUGAUGAGAGAGUUCAGAGGAGAUUUCUCAAAUGGGGAAGGCUACGGUAACUCAAAUAAUCGCUCUUUACAACCGUGGUGGUCAGAAAAGCAUUUCAGAACAUGCCUAACAGUGAGGCGUUUGGGCUACAACAGCAGAAAACCACACAUCAGGUUGCACUUCUGUCAGCCAAGAACAGGAAUCUGACACUACAUUAGACUCAGGCUCACCGAAACUGGACAGCUGAAGAUUGGAAAAAUGUCACCUGGUAGGAGCAGUCAUAUUUUGAUUCAAAGUAUAUGAUCACGUCACUCUACAAUUGUGCACCUAAAAAAAACCAGAUCAAUAAAACUGUCAAAAAGA